AUGGGGAUUUCACGUGGUAGCGUAGGUUUCAUUCUACAUGAAAAACUUCGGCUUUCUAAGCUAUCCUCUCGUUGGGUUCCACGCCUGCUUACACUAGCACAAAAAGAGGAAAGAGUGCGAUGCUGUCGGAACCUGUUAAAUUUAUGCCAAUUGGAUCCGGUCAACUUUCACACCAAAAUCGUUACUGGGGAUGAGACAUGGAUCCACCACUAUGAUCCCGAAACAAAACAACAAUCAAUGCAGUGGCUGACUACUGGUCAAAGUGGCCCAAUCAAGGCAAAAGCAACGAAAUCUGCAGGGAAGGUUAUGGCGACUAUUUUUUGGGAUGCCAAUGGAGUUCUGCAUACGGAUUACAUAUCGAAAGGAAGUACAAUGAAUGCCAAUCAUUAUGUGAAAGUCUUGGAGGAAUUACGCUACAACAUCAGAAAUAAGAGGAGGGGAUCCCUGCAAGGUGGACUUUUCCUGCUUCACGACAACGCAUCGUCUCAUACUGCUAAGAUUGUCAAAGCUGCGCUGGAUCGAUCUGCGUUCUGGAAAAUUGAUCACCCCCCAUAUUCUCCCGACCUGGCAUCCUGUGACUACUACCUUUUCCCACAUAUGAAAAAAAUUAUCAGGGGAAGGAGAUUCGAGAGUGAUAACGAGCUUAUCUCGUGUGUGCAUUCUAUGGUAAACAGCUUCACUAAAGAAUUUUUUUCUGAAGGCAUGAAGAAACUGAUACAAAGAGCUAAGCGUUGUAUUGAAUUGGGAGGAGAUUAUGUUGAAAAGCCGCAAAAUGAAUUGGAAUAA